CUGCUGCCGCACUGACGAAGACGCUGUCUGUGUGGACGGGCUGGCUUUCCUACGUUUAGAGCCUCAAGCAUGGAGCAGGACAACACUUCAGAGGAUGAGUCAGUCGGUCCAUCAGAAGAUGAACUGCCUUGUAUACCUCCAGGGAUCUCCGAUGGUGAAACGUUGGAGCUGCUCUGGCAGCUGCGCGCCCAGCGCCGCCAGUCAUCCCCCGAUCUCCCAGAGACGGUAACCUGUCUCACUGCCCCUGACGGCAGCCUCCUGUACCUGGUGGGCACCGCUCACUUCAGUGACAGCAGCAAAAAGGAUGUGGCCACGACGAUCCGAGCUGUACAGCCAGACGUGGUCGUGGUGGAGCUCUGCCAGUACAGGGUGUCAAUGUUAAAGAUGGACGAGAGCACUCUGCUGAAGGAAGCCAAAGACAUCAACCUGGAAAAGGUUCAGCAUGCUAUCAAGCAGAACGGGCUGAUGUCGGGCCUCAUGCAGAUUCUCCUGCUCAAAGUGUCUGCUCACAUCACAGAGCAACUGGGCAUGGCACCCGGAGGAGAGUUUAGGGAGGCGUUCAAAGAGGCUGGGCGGGUACCGUUUUGUAAAUUUCACCUCGGGGACAGGCCAAUCCCAGUGACGUUCAAGAGAGCCAUUGCAGCUCUCAGUCUGUGGCAGAAGGCCCGCCUUGCUUGGGGCCUUUGCUUUCUGUCUGACCCAAUCAGUAAGGAAGACGUGGAGAAGUGCAAACAGAAGGACCUCCUGGAGCAGACCAUGUCUGAGAUGAUCGGCGAGUUUCCAGCUCUUCACCAAACCAUAGUGGCUGAAAGAGACAUCUACCUCACACACACACUCCGCCAGGCUACACGCUGUGUGGAGGCUCCCUCUAAUGCCCAGAAAGUGCCUGCUGUGGUGGUGGGAGUCGUGGGGAUGGGUCACGUCCCCGGCAUUGAAAGAAACUGGGAAAAGCAGCUCAAUAUUAAUGAAAUCAUGAGUGUUGCGCCCCCCUCACGUUUCGGCUGGGUGUUGCGAAUUUUAAUAAAGGGCGUCAUGGUGGGCAUGCUGGGAUACGCCUGCUACCGCGUUGGAGGGAGUCUCGGCAGAGCCCUGCAGUCUUUGCACGCAGUCCAAUCACUACUGGAGACGCUGCGGCCGACCCCCGCCGGACCCCCGCCGCUCUCCUCCGAGCUAUGAGUGACACAAACGGCACUCGUUGAAACAAUGCAUCUACCACCAAUGGCCUUA